AUGGCGGCGGUGUCACGCGCAAAGUCGGAGAGCGAAGCCGGAAAGGCACGACGCAAGUCGAGCAGCGUCGGCGCGCCGAAUGGCCGCAAGAGCAGUGUGGGCCCCUCCGCCGAUGUCUUGCACCGGUCGCUGUCCUUCACGGACUGCAGUGUGCAGCAAAUUGGUCUGGCCGUGCUGUCAGAGGAUCCCGACUGGAAGUUCGACACCGGCUUUUGGUGCACGAUUCUCACCGGCGAUCCUGCCGAUGAAUUCCGAUCCUUUCAGAACCGCACACUCGGCUUCUGGAUCCAGGUCUACAACCGCUGGCAGGAGGCCGGCCAUUGGAAUCCAGCGAAGGUCGCAGACUGCGUUGAUGGUGAGGAGCUGCAAAAGCUGCUGAAGCUCCCGCCAAACAAGGUCAUCGAGGUGAUCAAGUUGUUCGAUCCCACGGGUCAUCGCAGACUCUCCGGGAGCAGCAGCGGCGGUGAAGGCAUGAAGAAGUGCAAGAUUAAAGUGCGCGACUUCAUGACGGCUGGCGUAGUGCUUUCCAGAUUGAUCGCGACCAAGCAGAAGCUGAAGUUUAUCCUAGGCCUCUUCGACAUCGAUGACAGCCGGUCACUGGAUGAGCUGGAGUUCGCCGGUUUUGUGACUGCGUUCAUCCACGGCCUGGGGGCCUCUUUCGGCCUGCGGCAUAAGGAGGAUGUGAUGCCCACGCCGAAAAGCAUCCAUCUCAUCGUCCAGCGGCUCUACAAUCGCUUGGGCGAGAUUGCCGCCGGCCGCCUGAAGGCGCUCCGGGACCAGGGGAACAAAGACACGCUGGGCUUGCUCGCAGAAGCCAUCCGCUCGCACCAGCUCAGCCGCCCUCAGGCCGGUCCGCCACGCCAGCUCGUGCCCUUCUCCACCCUGGUGGGCUGGUGCUUCCGAGAGUACCAGGAUCCAUUGGCGCUGCCCUACGCACUGUCCAUCGAGCGCUUUUGCCCAAAGCUGCAACCGCUGGAUGAGGAUCCGGAGGCUCAUAUGGAUGAGGAAGAGAAGUUCUACCUUUCCCACAAAGGGCCCGUGCCUGUUCCCAUCGAGAGCGUGGUGACGCACGAUAGUAGCAUGCUCACUCGCAGAGAGGUCGUCUUGGCACGGGCUGUGUUUCAUUUCUGUGUGGCCGAGGGCACCUUCCAGAUGACGCACAGGGAGCUACAACAAGGUCUUGGCCGCGAGGAUCUCACCGCCGACCUCUGGACCAAGCUGCAGCCCGCUCUUGAGCGGAUCACGGAUGAGAGGUCCCGAGGAAUCAAGGCCGACCUCUUCAGCUUCCUGCGGAAGCUGUGUCCAGGAGCUCAGAAAAUGCACCUUCGAAUGUUCGACAGCUGGCUGCAGCAGUUCGACCAAAUGAUUGAGCAUCAGAAGUUCGUAGAGGCAUGCGAACAGAAAGUGGUGGCGCAGUCGCAUGUCAACAACUUGCCCAUCAUUCCAGACGUAGAGCUGGCCAGGCUAGAAGGGCAGUUCAAGGCGAUUGACGUCGAGGGUUCGGGCUUCAUCACACUGGCCCAGAUUGAGACUGCCAUGGGUCUCGACAGCGAGCUGCUGAGGAAGUACGACGUGUCUGCGGAUGGCUUCAUCGACAUGCACGAGUUCAUCGCCAUGAUGUGCCCAGACAACUGGCGGCCACCCGAGAUGAGCGGCUUCGACCAAGAGGUGCUCAGCAGCCUGCUCUCCCAUAGCGCCAAGAAGCACCGCCGGGAGCUCGACUCCCAAAAGUCUCUGUACGCGGGAAGCGUGGAGCGGAAGAGCGCCAUGCCCGCCUCCAUGCGACCGGAGGUUCCGGAAGAGACCUGGGCAGCGUGGAAUGCGGUAUUCGACCGCCUGGACACGGACAAAGACGGGGUGAUCUCGUCGUCCGAGUUGAGGUCAUCCAUGCUGCUCUCCCAAGAUAUCUGCGAGCAGCUGAUCGCUUCAACCAUGAUGGAUGGCAACGACGGCAUACCUCGCCGUGUCUCAGCUUCACAGAAAGGUUUCCUGCUCGUAGUCCUGGGCCAGCUUACCAGGUUGGGCAUAAAACCAAUGCCCACCCCCGAAGACGCGGUGGCGCGGCUACGGCCUCCCAUGUGUCGCGACGAGAAACAGAGCCUUUCCUACAACGGCCUAUGUGGCGUGAAAUCGGAUUUAUCACCUUGUGCAGCGACAUGGACUGAGGCUCGCCCCGGAUAUGGAGAGAAGCGGGAGUUUGAGGCUGACGCCCUGUCCAGGGCCCCAGAGGAUCGAAUGCUGAGAGACUUCUCUUGGAUGGCCUGGAAGUUGCUGGAGCGGAACUGCUGGCCCGACUUCUCCGCGCACUACGGGCUCUGCUGCCAGGGCCUGGCCCCGCCAGAGAGUUGUUUCGAUGCCAGCGCUGGGCGGACAUUUGAGAGGUGCUGCCGUUGCGACGCGACCAGUGAACCCCAGAACCUGGGGCAGUGGUACACGCAGCAGUUCUUUGGACCCCUUCUUUGUGAUGGACCAUCUGUGAAAGCGCAUGACAGCGACUUUUGGGUACUGGAUCGGGGGCAACGGCGGAGACUGCGAGUCUACGUCUAUCCGCUGGCACGUAUCUUCAACGCGGACCUGCUGAACCGGCUGCAGCUGGGUGGCUGGACGUCCGGAAGCGAGUGUGAUUAUGGGCUGACACCCUGCACGGAGGAGCGCUGGAACAGCCUGUUUUCGGUGUACCGGCAGUUUGCAACGGAGGUGCUGGUGUUGCUCAAGUUCCUGGCUGCCCCGGAAGGAGUUCUAACCGAGGACCCCUCCGAAGCAGACCUCUUUGUGGUGCCAUACUUGGCGAAAACGGACUGUGCCGAGAGCGGCAAUGCUGGGCGUGACCCCUGCUGGGGAAAAUGCCGCUGCGCUACGGCGGUGAAAUACCUCUUCGAGUCGCUCCCGCAUUAUUCGUGGCGGACGCGUGCACGCCAUCUCUUUCUGGCCACGGGGGACAUCAAGGACCUGCCUGUGGAAGUUCAAGGUCAGCCUCUUCUUCUCUCUCUCGGGGCCUCCUUCUGCGGAGGCCACAUUGUUGUGCCAAGCCCCAACUUGGAUCCCGACCUGCAGCCCGGCGCGAAGCUCGAGCUGCAGGAGGCGGCAGGGCGCGAGCCAGCGCGACAUGUGUUUGCAUACUGGUUUGGCUCGAAUGACAAGCCGUGGCGCAGGAGAGUGGUGGGCCAGCUGCUGCAGUACCAAAAGGCAGGCGUGGAGAAGGUGGUGGUCCAUGACAUCGGUAGCAACUACGAGGCGCGCGACAUCUGGCAAACCACGGCUGCCUCCCCGCAGAUGGUCCUGGAGGAGAUGAUGAGGUCCGAGUUUUGCCCAAUCGUGCAGGGCGACGUGCCGCACCAGAAGCGUCUUUUUGACGCCGUUCUGACGGGCUGCAUUCCGGUGGUAGUGGCAUUCCCCUCGCAUGUCCCAGGUCGCGUCAGCUGGUGGUUACCACAGGGUCCACCGGCAGAGCGCAUGGUGCCCUUUUGGGACUCCAUCGACUACCGCAGCUUCGUGGUUGAGAUCUCGCAAGCUGAGGUCGAGGCCGGACGGCUGAUGGAGAGGCUCCUGCAGCUGUCGCCAGCAGACCGGACCAGGCGGCGCGAGGCCAUGCGCGCCGCACGGCCGAUGCUCCGCUUCGACUUCGCCGGCUCUGCGCCGGACGCCUUCUCGGAGACGUUGCGCGAGAUCUGGAGUUUCCUCCAGACCCUCUGGCCCGGGCGCAGCACCAGUGUUGGCUUGAUGUGGGAUGCGGCGAAUGUGUCCUCCCCGCCCUUCGACUGCGGCGUGCCUCCAGCGGUGGAGGGGACGCAGAUGUAUGGGCACAUGGCCUGCUGCCCUGUAGUCUCGAGGCAACCGCGAGGUUGA